AUGAGCCGGAACAAAAGUGCGAUUUAUGAAGCAGCAACGCUUAUUCUGUUAGCUCGUAGCAGUCAGCGAGCAUCAAAAUCUGCAAAUAAUCUUCAGCCUCGAGCUGCGGUAUUUCCUGGAGGAAUGAUCGAUAAAGCUGAUUUUAGUGAUGACUGGAAAAACAUUUAUCAGAAAGAAGUAGAUUGGCUCAACUUAAUUGAAAGCUUACCAAAAACCUGUGAUCCUCGUACGUCCUUGUAUACUAGGUCGAGAGAUUCGAGUUUAACGGCUGAUAUCGGACUACGUAUUUCUGCUAUUCGCGAGACUUUUGAAGAGAGUGGAAUACUGCUAUUACGGAGCUUGACUGACGGUCUACCUGAAAGUAAUUCCGGAGGUACCUUUGCUAGUACAAUAAAUAUAUCUAGUGAAGAGCUUAAUAAAUGGAGGGUUAUGGUACGUGAGAAUGCUACCAGGUUUAUGGAUUUAUGUAGAGAAUUGCAAGCUUUACCAGAUAUUUGGUCGUUAUAUGAAUGGAAUAACUGGUUCACACCUCCAGGUUUUAAGAAACGCUUCAAUACUAGUUUUUUUGUUUGUUGCACUGAACAAAUGGAUGAUGUGUCUGAGGAUGCUAGGGAAGUCACGAAAACCUUCACCGUAAUGCCGGGAGAUUCACUGUAUCCUUUGGAUUUACUUUCUCUGCAAAAUUACGAAGGAGAAGCUCCUGGAGAAGACGCUGUACUUAUAAAUAGGAACAGUGAGACAAUUGAGCAGCCAAAUGCCUGUGUUUUCCCCGGUGGAAAGGUUGAAGAUACAGAUUUUAGUGAGCAGUGGCGUGAUCUGUUUUGCCAACAUUUCGAUUGGCAAGAAAUUUUGCAGAGCUUGCCUAAAAGCUGUCUACCUCGUUGCGAUUGCUACAACAAGCUAAGGCAAUCGUGUAUUCCAGCUGACAUUGGAUUACGCAUUUGUGCAAUAAGGGAAACAUUUGAAGAAUCUGGAGUUCUAUUACUUCGCAACUUUAGACACAAUCGCUUACCCGUAGACGGAUCACAUGGUAACAUUGGAAGUGCUCAUAACUUGCCAAUUCAGCAACUCCAGUACUGGAGGCGCCUAGUCAAUGAAGAUUCUUCCAAUUUUCUCAAGUUAUGCAGACACUUCAAUUCAUUGCCAGAUAUUUGGUCAUUAUAUGAAUGGUCUAACUGGUUAACUCCGAGAACUUAUCCCAAGCGAUUCGACACUGCAUUUUUUAUAUGCUGUGCAGAAGGUGAAAUUAAUGCAUCACAGGAUCAGGCGGAAAUAACCUAUUUGCAUUGGACAACUCCAGAAGAAGCACUAAAGAGUCAUGCAAUCAAAAAGAUCUUUCUGGCUCCACCUCAAACAUAUGAAUUGAGCAGAUUAUGCAAUGAGUACUUUCUUCUACCUUACGGAUAUAGCUUCCACACUGUACCAGAAAUUUUGCAGUUUGCUAGACAUAGGGCCAUGAAUUUUCCAACGAAACAAUAUCUUCCUAUUCACUAUCAAUGCAAGGAUGGACUCCUUUCGUUGCUGCCUGGUGACUCUUUAUAUCCAGAAGACGAACAGCAAGAAAGUAAUCGACGCAUCACUUCGAAUAAGAGUAUCUCUGAAUUGAGAAUAUCAUCCGAAAGAGUAAAUCGUGUAGAAUAUGAAAAACGGGAUAAGUCUAACUAUGUAACCACCUAUCGCGUGGAAGUAUUACCAGAAAAUUUUUCUAUCGAUGGUCAUAAAGUACCUUACCUAGAAUGGCAAAAUGUACAAUCUGAUAGCUCAAAACUGUAA